UGUCAAUGUCAUAGAAAUGGUCAUGCUUUUUUGUGAUUGUAUUAUUCGGUAUUAUUUAUGUGAUAUUUUGAUUGUGUUUAAAGAAAACAAAAUAAUAGUAUCUACUUCACUUGUUACUAACUAAUGUUUACCAUUUUAAAACAUGCUGAUUUUCAUACAUAGCUUUUGUGCCAUUAAGUAAAUCCUUUUAAUUAAAGGUUGUAUUAGACAUGACGUUUGUUUUGUGGAGGUCAUAUUCUAACACUAGGAAAAGCAUACUUUCAUGUAGAAAAUGCAACGCAAUAACUUCAUUUAACGAAGUUGUAUCCAGAUCAUUUGGUGGUGAAAAAGAUAAUGAUAACGAGGAUUUCAUUAACAGUACAAUCUUGAUAGAAAAUGGGUAUAAUGUCUCAGAGCUUCCAGUAGUUAUUAGAAAAUUGAAGAGUUUGACAGAAUUAGAAUCAAGUGAAAAAGGAAAUCCUAAAAAUGCUACCGAUUCAUUAAGUUUUCCUCUCAUUCAGGAGGAAUUCAAACAGUGUAUGGAUCUACGGGAUGUUUUUUCUCUGAUUAACAAAUGUACGAAAAUAACUCCCAAUAUAGCAUUGGGUGCAAUAGAGAGAAUUUAUGAUUUAGAAAAAAAUCCUCUAUCAUUACCAUUUGAUACAAAGAAUGAUCAGAACACAAACUUUGCUAAAGGUGCUAUAUUGGAUAAGCUAUUAAAAGUUGUUACGAAGACUGAGGACACUCAAACAAUAUUAAAUAUAUUAAAGACAAAUUCAUCUGUAAUUGAACCAUACAAAUCUAAGUUUUGUGAUGAACUACUGUUGAGGGUGACAGAUAAUAAGCUCUCCAUAGACCAUUUAUCUGAACUUGCUAAUUUUUUAAUGACAAAUAACAAUGAGCAGUAUACUGAAACAUUGGAUAAACUUUGGAUUGGGUUUAUUGCAAACGAAAGCCAUAUCAAUGAAACAAAUAUUGUAAAAAUAUUUAAUGUUCUUUCUGGUCUGAAAGUUAGUAAAAAGACAAUUAUAAAUUUGGCGGAACAGAAAUUGUCAGAAUUGUGGCCGAAGAUUGACAGUAUAUCCAUGCAAGAUAUCAUGGGAGUUUUUAUAGUAGAAAAAUAUUUUUCUAUGCAGUCAUUUGCAGUCCUUGGGAAUUGGUUUUAUGCAAACAUUCAUUCACUUGAUGAAGAUACAAUGUUGGAUAUCAUUACAAAGUUCACAAGGCUUAAUUAUACAGAUGACCAAGUGGAAGCAGCUGUUGAGAAAUAUACAAAGUUGAAAGGCCCAAAAGUGACAUCAUACAUUUUAAUCAUUGGUAUAUUGAAUUAUUGUAUGCAGUUCCAGUUACGAAAUGAAGAAAUACUUAAUAUAUGUUGCGAUCACUAUGUUAAAAACAUAAAUCAUAUGCCACACAGUUUUUUAAAAUCAUUCAUAUAUCCUUUUGGAUAUCUAUACUAUCAGCCGCCCAUUAAAAACUUUUGGAACAUAUCUGAAAUAAAACUGCUUGAAACUUAUCAAAAAAUAAGUGUAGAUGAUUUAUGUUCUACAAUAUUAUCAUAUAUUUAUAUUGGUCAAUAUCCACUGAAAUUAGUAUCUAAGGUCUUCCAUCCUGAAUAUGUGACUAGAGUAAGUAGUCCACAUUUAUUACAGAAAUUAUAUUUGAUAGAUACUUCUUUAUCAAUUGAGUGUAAUGACUAUUCAGGUCCAUUAAUGCCUAAAGAUCAGUGGCUUCAACCAGUUGUACAGGAUCUUAGGAUUAGUAAUAUCGUUAGUAAGAUAAAAGAUACCAUUGUUAGUAUAGUCGGAGAAGAUAGAAUGUCUACAGAAGUGCUGGUUCCGAAUUACUGCUCUGAUAAAUCCUUCCUCAUUGAUAUAAUGUUGCACCCAGUGGGUCUGGGCAGUGAUACUUUUAAUUGGAAGUUGAAAAUAACAAAGAAUGAGAAUAUAGCCAUACUUGUACAUUUGCCUGAUCACUAUUGUACCAAGAGUGAUCAACUCAUUGGCUCUCAGAUGAUGAAGAUAAGGCACUUAAAAUUAUUGGGAUUUAAUGUUGUCAGCCUAAAAUACUCAGUGUUAAGCCAACUCUAUAUGUCAUAUAAAACUAGUGAUUUAAGAAAGUAUUUGGAAGAUAAAAUUAUGAGCAAACAGACAUAAUCAUAUAUACAUCAUUCAUAUUGUAGAUUACAUGUAUGAAUUAUUAAUGUCAAUUCAUUUGUUAACUAUUAGUAAAAGAUAAGUUAGCCAGGUGACAUCAUUUUAUCUUAAUAAGCUUGUUAUGGUACCUAUAAAUUAAUUAUUAUCAAUCAUUGUGAUAUAGAAUAGUUGUAGUGAGCUAAGAGUAAUGCAUUAUUAUAACGACAAUAAUUUGAAUAACAAAUAUAUUUUUCUAGUCUUAUACAUUUUUGUGCAAUAAUCAAUAAAUGUAUUUAAAUAAA